UUUAAUACAAAUCUCUCUUUUCUUUGCAGUUUUAGUGAGAAAUGUACCCCAUUCAAAGAAAAAGCAGAAAUAGGAGAAGAAUUCAUAAAAGUCACUUGCAGAUACCAUAAUGAAACUGAAUUCUAUCAAGAAUUUCAUAGCUUCGUUCACGAUAAGCAAAAUGUAGAGACGCGUUGCAGAAAAAGUAAAGAGUCACGUUACAGUGUGCUUAUUAUCGGAAUUGACGCUGUUUCGAGAUUGAAUAUGCAUCGUCAGUUAAAUAAAACAUACCAUUACUUGCUGAACAACAUGGGAGCAACUGAAAUGUUUGGAUUCAACAAAGUUGGAGAUAACACAUUUCCAAAUCUUGUUCCGCUUCUUUUAGGUUACGAUGAAAGAGAAUUAUCUCAAGUUUGCUGGGAGUCUUCUAAAAAAGAGCCUUUGGAUAAAUGUAACUUCUUGUGGAAACGUUUUGCGAAACGAGGGUACAGAACAUUUUAUGCAGAAGAUGCUCCCUAUAUUUCUUCCUUUAAUUACGUAAAAAGAGGUUUUUACCAUCAACCAACAGAUUAUUACUUUCGGCCUUUCAUCUUAGCUUAUGAAGAUGCAUUAGGCCGUAUAAAGCCACUCAACUGCCAUUUGUGUGUGGGUUCUGUAUCCGAAACUGAAGCGGUGCUGCAUUGGACAGAGCAAUUCGCCUCUCAUUUUCGAGAUCGUUCUUAUUUUGCUUUUUCUUGGAUUAAUAGCUUAACACACGACUUUUUAAACAUGGGAUCUUCUGGAGAUCAUAUGUAUGAACGCUUCUUCCGUUCUCUUUACGAAUCUGGUUCUUUAAACAGAACCAUUGUCAUAGUCAUGGGAGAUCAUGGAAUGAGAUGGGGUGAGAUCAGGAAAACUUAUAUUGGCAGAUUAGAGGAAAGACUGCCUAUGUUACUGAUAGCUUUACCACAGGAUUUCAAGCGCGAAUACCCAGCAGAAACCCGGGUGCUAAACAUAAAUUCUCAUAGACUUGUGACACCUUUUGAUCUACAUGCUACUUUGGUUCAUAUACUUCAUCUUCAGGAAAAAUGGACCCUAGUGAAUCCUGACAAAGUCAGUGAAGAGUUAGCAGUCAACUUCACAAUGCGCUCCAAAUCGUUGUUCCAACCUGUACCACUAGAUAGAUCAUGUGAUGACGCAUUUAUUGAGGAACACUGGUGCACAUGUGAAGCUUCGCUUCCUGUGGAUACGGACAAUCGUAAUGUUAAAAAAGCUGCGAAAUAUCUAGUCUCCCAUCUUAAUAAUUUGCUCAGAGCAGUUAAAAAGAAAUGUGCGGUUUUGAAACUGGAAUCAAUAUCCGAUGCUCGUCUCUGGCAGCCACCAUCUGAACAUGAGGGGCAUUCGGCUGAAGAUAAUAUUUUCACUGUGGUCAUACAUACAAAACCAGGUAAUGCUGUGUUUGAAGGAACUGUGAAAAUGUCACCUCCUCAUCAGCAAUGUGAAUUACUAGGAACUAUAUCUCGUUUAAAUUUAUACGGCAGCCAGUCAUCUUGCAUAAAUGACGCUGUUCUUAAAAAAUACUGUUUCUGUUCUUGACAAAGCGUGUACAUAGGAAUAACUUAUACUAUUUAUAAUAAAUAUUAUAUUUUUAUAAUUUAUUUUUAUUUAAAAUUAAUUGAUAUUUAAUAUAAUAAAAGAAUAUGCUAUAGUAUC